AAUAUAUUCUUUGACACUGCGCCCUUCCAAAGCAAAACGCGGGUCGCAAUAUAUAGCUUGAAAGUCGCGAGGUCGCGUCGUUCUGAACCAUUCACGCAAUAACCAAGCUGCACCUCACGUCGUUACAUCUAAACUUUAAGAUUUGAAAAUGUGGUUCGCGUAUUUCGCUUCAAUUCUUGCGUUAGCGACCCUCGCCAAUGGUUUCGGUCAAGGCGCGCCCCAAGGCGCUUGCAAGGACAUGACCCCCGGACAUGGUGUGCCUCCGCAGUCGACGCCGGCACCCUACGUCAUCACACCAAGUACCAAGGCGGUCAAAGCCGGUACCCCCAUGGAAGUGACGAUCUCGGGUAAAACCGCAUCGAACACCAUCCGAGGCCUCAUGCUACAGGCGCGCGCAGGUGACAAAAUUGUGGGAACCUUCAAAGUGGACCCCAACGAUCCUCUUGCCCAGCCGAUGAAGUGUGACGUCCAAGGAGACACUGUAACCCACAAGCUGCAUGACCCCAAAGACGACAAGCAAACAGUAUACUUCACGUGGACCCCACCAGCUGACCUCAACGAGAGUAUUAAAUUCAGGGCUACCAUCGUUAAAACUGGUUCAGUCUUUUGGGUCGGCGUAGAAUCUGCACUAGUAAAAGUAACCCCUUAAAUGAUAAGUAAAUUACUGUCGUGCAUCAGUUUGUACCACUUAAUUAUUAUUUAAAAUGCUGUGAAACAUGUAAUUUAUAAUGUAUAUUUUACG